AGUUUUCAUUUUGCAUGCUAUAAAAGGGGCAUAAUUAAGCAUGAUUCCAUGCAAAACCUCAUAAAAUAGAGUUAGACUCAAGUCUUCUCGGAGCCAUGGCUGCACUUCUCCUCCUCCUCGCUCUCUUUGCCACAAUCGUCGUUCCAUUAAGUGGAGAACCAGUGGGAGUGUGCUAUGGAAUGAUGGGGAACAACCUUCCAUCCAAACAGGAAGUAAUCGGGCUGUACGGACAAUACAACAUCAGACGGAUGAGACUGUACGAUCCCAACGGAGAAGCCCUCAACGCCCUCAGAAACUCCGGCAUCGAGCUCGUCCUCGGCGUCCCGAAUAGCGAUCUCCGGUCACUGGCCACCAACCCUUCCGCCGCCAGAUGGUGGGUCCAGACCAAUGUAUUGAACUAUUACCCCGCCGUCAGGUUCAGGUUCAUAGCCGUCGGAAACGAGGUUGUCCCCUCUAACGGCGGCGGUGAUGUUCUUCCGGCGAUGAGGAACGUUUACGACGCGAUUCGUGGAGCGAAUCUCCAGGAUCAGAUCAAAGUCUCCACCGCCAUCGACAUGACCCUCAUCGGAACAUCGUUUCCUCCGUCCGCCGGAGCGUUUCGCGGUGACGUCAGGUCUUAUAUCGAUCCCAUCAUCAGUUUUCUCGUGAGUACGAACUCGGCACUGCUCGCAAACAUCUACCCGUACUUCAGCUACACCAGCAACCCGCGUGACAUAUCUCUCCCGUACGCUCUCUUCACGUCGCCGUCCGUCGUGGUAUGGGACAACGGACGAGGUUACCAGAACCUCUUCGACGCCAUCCUCGACGCUCUCUACUCCGCCAUCGAACGGUCGGGCGGAGGCUCUCUCCCCGUGGUGAUAUCCGAGAGCGGUUGGCCAUCGGGCGGAGGGUUCGCGGCCACUCUGGACAACGCUCGAGCCUUCUGCACGAACCUGGCGGCUCGCGUGAGGGACAACAGGGGAACGCCCAAGAGGCCGGGCGGGAGACUGGAGACAUAUUUGUUCGCGAUGUUCGAUGAGAAUUGGAAGAGUCCCGACAUCGAGAAGAAUUUCGGGGUGUUUUAUCCGAACAAACAGCCCAAGUUCCCCAUCGGUUUCUCCGCGACCGGCCGGAUAGGUUACUCGGAUGUUUACGGAUGGGGCAAUAACGUCACGUCGUUCAGGAGCGACGUGUGAGAGAUGGAGUUUUUAUGUGUGUGUGAAGUUGAAAGAUAAAGAAUAAAUAAGUGUACGGAACAAGAACCCUUCAUAGGGAAGUGGGCAUGUAUAAUCCGAAGCUCUGUAUAUUUGUGCGUGGUUUUGAGUGAAUAAAUAUAUUGAUAAAAUUCAAUAGUUUUUAUUUUGA